UCGGCUCUAUGAUAACUAAGUUUUCAUGUUGUACUUUUCAGCGACGCCUUGCUAGAGGAGGUCCUGCAGCUUUUCUUAGCUCUUUAAUAUUUGGCGCGGCCCGAAUAGAGAUAAACAUUCGUCCCUUGGUCUUCAUCGUUGUAGCGUCUCCUUGUUUUCCAUCAUCCUUUCUUUCUUCACUCGUUGUAGCGUCUCCUUGUUUUCCAUUUCUUCACUUCCAGGCCAGAACAGAUAAACCAUGUCAAAGAAGCAAGAGAUCCCCGAAGAGAAGGAGGAUGAGUCGUCAUCCGACGACUGUGGGCCGAUGCCUGUGGCUGAGGAGCCGAAAAAGAAGAAAAGGAAAAUCCUCCAGCAUGCGGAUGUCUACAGGGGAAAUUUACCCAAUGGGUUGAUGUAUGAGAGGAGCUUCAUGCACAGGGAGCCGUUGAAACAUGUACAACUCUUUGUUCUUCUUGUUACUUUCUUUGGAGGAUUAUAAUUUUGACUCGGAGUUAUUCUCCGAGAACAAAACACAAAAUUAUAGAACCAGAUUGGGGCGCAAUUCUGUCUAAGAUUCUGAUAAUCAUCCCCACAACGAACUUUAUAAUCCUCCUGAUACAUGAACCCUCUCUAGAUCUGCGUCUCCCCCGAAACCGACUUCGUCGUAACCGGGAGUGAAAAAGACGGCGUGGUGAAAUUCUGGAAGAAACAAUAUGAGGGUAUCGAAUUCGUCAAGCUCUACAGAGCACACGCUUUGUCUUUGCUCCAUAUGUCGAUCUCCAAAGCGGACGGCAGAAAUAUGUGCAGCAUUGGUGUGGACUGUCAAUUCGACUCCAAAGGGAAGCCGAUAGCUUCGACUAGAACCUGUGCUCUGAAGUACUUCGACGUGGUAAAUUUCGACUUGUCCCAGAUGACAAAGCUGAAUUUCGUGCCACUCUCCUGUGAAUUCGUCAAUCGAAAAGAAGCUGCAAGCUUGAAAGUGGCGGUGUCUGACGCAAAUAGUGGGGAAAUUCGGAUCUUCACCAAUGCAUCGGAACAACCUAUCGCAGUUUAUUCGCAGAGACAUCAACAUCCAGUGACGAUGUUGAGGUACCAUCCGGCUUUGGACUGUGUGUUGAGUCACGACAAAAAAGGGUUUUUGGAAAUCUGGGACCCAGCAACGGGGAAAUGGCCUGAACAACAAGGCGGAAGCAGUUCGAGUUCAGUUAAGGCUUGCUUCGAAAUUUCCUCUCUUCCUCGCUUGCCUAGUAGUAAACUGCCUUCCGAACAAGGGCUUUUGAUUACCUUUAAACCCUAUCUCUCACUGUACGUGUUUGCAGAAAUCAUUCAGCCAAAUGUACUUGAGUGUAACAUGAGAGAAACUCAUCACCAACCUAAUUAUACCCACCUCUAAUCCAAGCGGCAAGAAUAAGGUGAAAGCCGGUACAGCAUUUAGCGCCAAGAAACCUCCUCUAGAGAAUCGAUCUCUCUUGCAGUUUCGGAGCAAAACCGAUGGCACUGACUUGUACGAGCUCAACAAGGCUCAAAGCUAUGCCCUCGACUUGCAGUGGAGUGCCGAUGGCGAGUAUUUCGCUAUGCUUUGCGCCGAUGACCGCGUCCGCGUUUUCCGCACAAGGACUGGCAAGAAGAUGAUCGAAAUCGAUGAAGGCGUAGAUGUGGUUACGAUUGCACAGAAUGAUCCAGGACAACAGAUUUUGCAUUUAGAUCACUUCGAUUUCGGAAAACGAGUAGCCGUCGAGCGAGAACUCAAAAAAGCCCCAAGUUUUGGAUGGCAGUCGAUUAGCUUCGAUGAAAGUAGCAACUUUCUUUUUUAUCCGACGUUAGCUGGGAUCAAAGUGUUCAACUUGGUGACGAAGAAACUCGACAAUUUGCUAGGAAAAGUGGAGUCUAGUGAAAGGUUUCUGCAGUGCGUGCUGUUUCAGGGUAGGAGUUUGAAGCAAGGCGUCGCAGCAGGAGAAAGUGUGGCUGGGAAAGCACGGUAUACUUAUAAGGUUAGAGCUAGCAGGUACUUAGUAGAUGCACUUGUUUGUAUAGAUCUAGAUGAGUCAUGCUAUAAUUUGUCUUGCUUCUUCGUCGCUUCAAAAGCAUUCUCAACAGCACCGUAGACACAAGACAGGAAAACAGACUUCGACGAGAUCGGAAAUGUCGACCACAACCAAGAAGUGCAACGGAAUAAUUAAUUUCAUCAUCAAAAUCUUCAAUGUAAUUAUACAGGGCCGAAAAUCGUGACCCGACUCUUUUUGCGACUUCCUUUCGACGUAACCGGUUCUACUUGUUCACUCGUCGUGAUCCAGAUGAAACGUUGGGCGCUGAUGACGUGGGUCGUGAUGUCUUCAACGAAAAACCGACCAAGGAAGAUCAAGCUCUCGCUCUCGCAGCUGCCGACACUGUGCGCCUCGGCAAGGAAGCCAUUAUCCAUACGACCCUUGGCGACAUUGUCAUCAGCUUGUUCUACAACGAGUGCCCGAAAACAGUGGAGAAUUUUUGUACUCACGCAAGGAACAAGUAUUACGAUGGCAUCAUGUUUCACCGUAUCAUCAAGGGUUUCAUGAUCCAAACUGGCGAUCCAUUGGGCAACGGAACGGGUGGUGAGUCCAUUUGGGGAGGAAACUUCGAAGACGAGAUCCGACCCCAAUUGCGCCACGAUCGGCCUUUCACGGUAUCGAUGGCGAACGCGGGACCAAACACAAACGGCUCACAAUUCUUCAUCACGACUGUGAACUGUCCGCAUUUGGAUCGAAAGCACACAGUAUUUGGCAGGGUUGUCAGGGGAGAAGACGUGGUAACGCGUAUUGAAAGAAUACCAACAAGGUCAGAUGACAGACCGAUUCAAGAAAUCAAGAUGGUCUCGAUUCAGAUCACCUAGAAAACCACUUCCGUGGUUCUGUUGGAGUUCUUCUAGUGGUCAAAAGUAAGGAUGCUAUGAAAAUCAUGUGGAGUUCUCUCUUUUGUACCAGUUUGAAUUUGAUACUUUUUCCCGAGAACCGCAACCCGGUCUUCUUCCUCGAGUAGUUUCUUGAACAACAAAAGCAACCUCACACAAGCAACGCACCACGUCGCAUCUGUUUCUACC